AUGGUUGUUGAUGACACUACACCAAACUCUCCAGCUGACCCUCUAGAGACGAUUGAUGUUGCUAAUACUCCUGAUGAUCAUGUUGCUUCUGAUCAACCUAUUCCAGAUGAUGUUCAAUAUUUUGGUGACCAAAUAGAAGCUGAUGACUAUGAAGGGUUUCAUGAUCUUGGUUUCAUGCAACAUGUUGUUGUUUCUGCUAUUCCACUAAACGUCAUCUAUCUUAGUUCCCUUUUUAAGGGGGAGUUUACUCAAGGAACAAAAAAUGACAUUGAUUCUGAUGCUGGUGCCCAACUUAAUCCAAGAAAAAGAAUAGAAAGGCUUUCUUCUCGGCCAGGGGGGGGGGCUGUUAGCUCUGAAGUUGGAAGUUCCUCUGUAGCUCGUGAUACUUCAUCCCCUCAAAACAAAAGCAAGCUAAAUUUUGAUCUGACUCAAGGAACUGAUGAUCAAGUUAAGAAUAUUUUCAACAACAAUGUAGAAAGACAACACAUUGUGUCAAAUCUUUAUGACCAGAUUGAUAGAAAGAAGUUUUGGAGACAUUAUGACUUAAAGAAUCAAGCCUGA